AUGACCUUGGUAAACAAUCAACGACUCACUCUAGCUACUACGGGAUAUAAGUAUCAUUUCCCCGGAAUCGGAAUUAGGUGGAACUUUCGUUCACUCACGCCACCUGGUGCAUGCCAUGCGUCACUGAGACGCGCACUCGAGCAUAACCGGAAGCGACGCAGCGGCGCGUACGCAAGAUGUUCGACACACUUCCGGUGCGAUGGGUGGCGCGGCUCAGGGAUGGGGGCUACUUCAAUCAAUUUUUUAUGGCUGGAAUGA